AUGGGUUCAGUUUCUCUGAAAAUUGGAGAUGGAACAGCCAGAUUCCAAAGAGCAACACUGUGUUCUUCAGCUGUUAACAUUCUCAUGAUUUUCUCUGUCAUCACCACCAACCUCUUUGCUCUCUAUGCGUUCACUGCUUCCCCGAAACACCCCCAUCACCUUCUCCACCACCAUGCUCAAAAGAAUAUUUCUCUAAUCUCGGAGCAGGUCUCACUCAUUCUCAGAGAGAUCGAUUUGUCGCAAAAGAAACUGGCGCAGAUGGAGAAAGAGCUUCUGGGCUACGAAAGCAUUGAUCUUUCGAGGCCCAACAUUGCAUCCGAGCUCAAACUCUUCCUCCAGCGACACCAGCUUCCUCUGGGGAAAGACUCAAGAACUGGGAUCACUGAGAUGGUGCCAUCAGUGGGCCACAGCUGUGAGAAAAAUUCAGACCUGUUGUCUCAGUUCAUGAGUUACAAGGUUUUCGGAACUUGUCCUGAUGAUUGGAGUGUGGCGCAGAAGCUGAUCUUAAAAGGGUGUGAACCUUUGCCUAGGAGGAGAUGCUUUGCAAAGACUGUUCCCAAGGUAGGUUUAUACCCCUUUCCAGAUUCUCUUUGGAAGCCUGUUGGUAAUAAGACUGUUAACUGGAGUGGUCUGGUUUGUAAAAAUUUUGAGUGUUUGAAUGGUAAGAAGUUGAGUAAGGAGUGCAUUGGUUGCUUUGAUUUGGUCCAUGGCAAUGAGAAUGUUAGGUUUGUGAAGAGUAAGAGUAAGAAUGACUUUCUGGUUGAUGACGUGUUGACCUUGGGAGGCGGAGGGAUUAGAAUAGGGCUUGACAUUGGUGGCGGGUCUGGAUCCUUUGCUGCUAGAAUGGCUGAUAGGAAUGUCACUGUGAUUUCUAACACUCUCAAUGUUGAUGCCCCAUUCAGUGAGUUCAUUGCUGCAAGAGGGCUUUUUCCUCUUUACUUGAGCUUGGAUCAUAGGUUUCCUUUCUAUGACAAUGUGUUUGACUUGGUUCAUGCUUCAAGUGGCUUGGAGGUUGGAGGAAAGAGUGAGAAAUUGGAGUUUUUGAUGUUUGACAUUGAUAGAGUUUUGAGGGCAGGUGGUUUGUUCUGGCUGGAUAACUUCUUUUGUGCCAAUGAAGAGAAGAAGCAAGCUUUGACUAGGUUGAUUGAAAGGUUUGGAUAUAAGAAGUUGAAAUGGGUUGUGGGAGAGAAGGUUGAUAGUGUUGGAUCUGGCAAACCUGAAGUUGUGUUAUCUGCUGUCCUUCAGAAACCUGUUAGAGUUUAG